AUGGCCAAACGCACCAAGCAGGUCAGCACUGUUGGUAAAUACAGGACCUGCUACGGGGCCUCACUCCAGAAAAUGGUGAAGGAAACUGACAUCAGUCAGCAUGCCGCGUACACCUGCUCCUCCUGCGGCAAGACCAAGGUGAAGAGAUGGGCUAUACGGAACGGGCACGGUAGCUUCCGCACACAAACAGUGGCUGGUGGUGCCUGGUCCUACAAUAGCACUUCUGCAGUCACAGUCAAGUCAGCCACCAGAAGACUACAGGGACUGAAAGACCAGCAGAAGCUCUCCUCUCUGAGACAGCCAUAG